CUGCCUCCUGCCCAUUGAUAGCUGGGAUAGGCUACAGAACUCCUACGACCCUUAUGAGGAUAUGCGGCUCAAAAAAUGGAUGGAUGGAUACAUAACUAUGCUAUUCUUCCAUAUCAUUGCAUAAGUCCAACCGUUAACUAAGGCAAAUAUACUUAUUAUUCUCUCCAAAAGUAAGCCAAUUUUUCAUUGCAACAUUCUCCCAAUCAGGGCACCCCAUCCUGUCUGGUGCCUCUGGUCUCAUAAGAGUGGUCUGUAUCGGAGGUCACUCCACUGAGUGGCCAGUGGACUAUCAUUCUGUGGCGUGAGCUUGUGGCAGUUGUUUUGGGAUUUGUGUGUUUUUUAGUGUUUGUGGCAUUUUUUGGGACAGAUCAGGAAGACGACCCGGACGCCAAGCACCAAGAUCCCCUCUGGGUGAUUUGGGUGGACGUCCUCGGGGAGGAACCCAACGGCGAAGCAGAAACCAGACAAAGGCAUGCAACUGCUGCGGACGAACCCCUCCCAAGACGCGGUUGCGAGACGACGCCGCUGAGACAGGGGCAAGGGAUGGCUGCGGACCGGUCGUCGCCGAUACUGGAAAGAAGGGGACUGUGACGCUGCCGCCGUCUGCUGGACAGGAAUGUGAAGCGGCUGCGGACAAGCUGUCGCCACCUUCUGAACAGGAACAUGAGGCGGCUGCGGAACGAUCACCACCUCCUGCAAAGGAACGUGAGGCGGCUGCGGCGCCAUCGCCACCUCCUGAACAGGAACGUGGGAUUUGGAGAUUGGCUCCUAAAACCCCACAGACGGCAGAACGCUGCGUUGUUGCUCUUUCGGUGUUUGCCUUGGCACUCCUGAACUGGGUGCUUGUUCAUGAAUGAGAGUCGGCUCCUUCAGACGGAGUCUGACUGGCUCAUAGCCAGGGAUCCCGGAGGAGAACUGGCAGACACUAGAGGGCGUGAAUAGAUCAUUCUUGGGCACGGCACGGAGCAACGGGAAUGAUAAAGUUCUCCCCCUCUUAACUGGAGGAAAAUAGUUUGCCUCGUCUUUAUCUGAACUCACUCCAGCUUCUGAACUUAAGCCCUCUGCAAUUCGCUUCUGGGUCUUGUUCCUCGUUGAAGGGACUCUGGCAGGCUCAUCCUCAAUCGCCAAUUCCACCCUUUUCCUACGACAGUCGCCCGGGCACCUGUCACCAACGCGACGUAGGCGUGACGCAACAGUGAAUCUGUUGCCACCCGCGACGUGAGCUCUGUUCGAAAAGUGGUCGAUGGAUACCGUGGCGUGAGAAUGGAUCAGCAUUGCGUCUGUCUAAGCCGCGACGUGAGCGUGGCGAGGCGCCGGACCUGUUUCCACUGCAACGUGAGCUCGGCUUGGUAGCGGAUCAGUGGCCAUCACAGCGUGCACUUGCAGUGAAUCUGUUGCCACAGUGAAGAGGAAUGGUGUGGCGGUGGAUCCGUUGCCACUGCAGCGUGAACGUGAGUCAGCAGAGAGUCUGCUGAAACCGCAACAUGGGUGUGUCUCGGGAGCAGAUCAGUUGCAACCGCAGCGUGAGCAUGAGUCAGCAGUGAGUCUGUUGAAACCGCGACGUGGGCGUGUCUCGGGAGCGGCUCAGUUGCAACCGCGACGUCGGCGUAGGCCGGCUGGUUAUUUAAUCCUCGUCAAACCUGGGCCGUGAGGACCGCCAGUUCGGUGCUCUACCGCUCUAUUUCCGCCCGCAUUUCGCGAUAGAAGACCUCGGGUCGCUGCACCUCGGGAUUUGCGGACCCCUCCUCCCUCUGAGCUGGAAGUUUCACCACCAGCUCCGAAUCUGCUGGUUUGGCUGUUGCCAGUGGGGAGUGGAUGGAUGAGAACUGUGUCUUUGUCGCAGCGCAGCGGGAAGCACAAGGAAGCACACGGCCUGGGCGUCUCCUCUGGCCGUCACGCGGUAGAUGGCCAAGCGGGUUCCCAAAAAAGGGUUGAAGGACGAGGACUUGGACCUACUGGGCGAAGACACUCAGGAGCUGGAAACACGGGGAGGUGAAGCAAACUGACUGGGACUAAAGAUCGGGAGAGGAAAUUCAUAGUCAAAAUCUGAAUCGUAGUCAGGCAGCCGGUCAUAUAAACCAAGGUCUUCCUCAUAGUCCGAAAAAUCAGAGUCCAAAAGAAUAUGAGGCACUGAGUGGGUCGUGGUCGGGACAUAUUCACACAGAAGAAGGGGACAACAGCAUAGAGCCUACCCGAACAGGACAGGCUGGGUCCUCCGGCAGUCGGUUUACCUCGCGUCGGUCCCGGCGACACCGGGUCUUUCCUGCUGGGUCUUGGUUUGGCCAGAUCGUUCUGUCACGACCCAUCGAUAAGGAGGAGGACGCAAAUGCAGGACUCUGGAGAUGCAUAGGCAGUUGGGGAAAAGUGUUUAUUCAGUCCAAAGUCGGGGAUCAGGCAAACAGUCAAGUGCAGCAGCGGUAGUCAGGACAUCGGGUGUAGAGAGCAGGUCCGCGGGCAGGCAGGGGUCGGUACACGGGAGAUCGAUCAGAGAAGGCAGAAGUAUCAAAGACGUCAGGUUUACGGGGUCGGUUGGAGGACAGGCAGAGGUUGGUACACCAGGGUUGACGAUCGAGAGUACGGUAGUGCAGGAACAUGAGUUGCAUGAGUUGCGGCGAUCUGGCCAAGACCAGUCGUCCCCUGGGUCCUAUAAAUACCGGCGUGAGUCAGCGUCAGUGUGCUGGGACCCGCCCACCCAGGACUGGACCGGCAGGACCAUGACAUUUCUUCAGUUUGUAAUACUUUGAAUGCAUGGGUUAUAGGAACGAUGAAUCCAGUUGGAAAGUCUGCAAAAAAUCGAAUGACGUGGUUGUGUCAUGGCGACCUUCGUCAGAAUUCCCAGGGAAUGUUUAUAAAGGGGAAGGAGUUGUAAAUGGCAGCCUGAAGAAAGUAUGGGAAUGUCUGAAACCGAUACCAAAAGGGCUCAGGGUCAAGUGGGACAACAAUGUGAAAAAGUUUGAACUUUUGGAGCAAAUCACAGAGGACAUCUCCAUCUGCCGAACAGUCACGCCCUCAGCAGCUAUGGGUAUCAUAGCUCCUCGAGACUUUGUAGAUGUUAUUUUGGUUAGGCAAUAUGAAGAUGGCACAAUUUCAUCCAACGCCACUCAUGUGAGUCAUCAGGGCUGCCCCAUUCAAUCUGGUUACGUGAGGGGAUUCAACCAUCCAUGUGGCUGCAUCUGUGUCCCCAUAGCAGCAGAGCCCAACAAAACCCAGGUAUUCACUUUCUUCCAGACAGACCUUGGUGGGUUGCUUCCUCGGUCUGUGGUCGACUCCUUUUUCCCUUCCAGCAUGACCGAAUUCUACAGCAAUCUGACCAAGGCUGUUAAAUCUCUCAAAGAGCUUUGAAUUUCCAUCCAUGCAUUUUUUUGACUGUUCAUUAUCAUGAGGGUGGCAGGUGAGCUGGAGCCUUUCACACCGGAUCUUUAAGGGAGGGCUGUUGUAUUGUCAAACACUCAUUCACAUUCACUAUUGGCAAUUUAGUUUUUAGUGAAGCUACUCUUUCUGAAUAUGGGAGGAAGCCAAAAACAACUGUAGGAGACCCACAAAGCAAAACUACGAGGCAGACACAUUAAGCACUAGGCCUGCCAUACUUCCCACCUUUUGUGUUUGAUAUGCAGUUUGAAGGGCAAGCUCAUCAAAACCUGAGAUUAGUUUAAAAUGUUUAACUUCUCAAUCUGUAGGCUGCUGUUUUUUUUUCCAGUCUUAAAAAAAUGGACUUACAAUCCCCCUUAAAAAAAGUAUGGGUUUGGAAUCCUUGUUGUUUCUCUUGCUCGAUCAAGAGUCAUGUCUGGUUGAUGAGGGUUAAAGUCGCCAUCAUUUUUCCACCCAUCAAUAUAAAAUAUUUAUGGAACAUACAUUUUAAUAUAUAGUGAGUGUUUCUUAAUUCACGUUUUGGGACUAUCCCAUCUUUGGUCUGGCUGAGGCUGUCACUGACCUGUGAUAGGAAAACCUAUGUAGGCAGUAGUUUCUGUUAAACACCAAAAUGUGUAUUGAAAAAAGGCUAUUUUGAUACAGUCAGAAUUUAAGUUCUUUCGUCAUCUUCAUGUUAACCUGGUUAUCUUUUCCAAGUGUGGAAAAUAAAAGCUUGGUCAGAUCACCUACCCUAGGUUUUGGGCCAAAUCCCCAAAGUAUCACUUUUCCAGAAAGUUUGUUGAGACAUUAGCUUUGCAUUGUAGUAUGUGAGGAUGGUAAAUUCUUUAAUCUCAAGUCGUCAAUCCUUUCCAAAGAAUAAAAAGCUGUAUUUUUUAGAUGACAGUGCACAUCGGUAAUAGAGCUCGUGCACGUGACGUCACAGUUUGCACGGCGCCAUAUUGCCGGUCAAACCUAGCUGCUCUGCACUUCGGGAGCUGUUGAAACAGAGCAGAGUUUUCAAAUUGACAGAGACCUAUUGUGCUGUUGGUUGUCACAACAGACGAGACAGAUGUUCAAAGAGAUCAUUCUAUGGAAUACCAGCUGAAAAGACCAGAAAAUAUUGACGUAUUUUGGCAAUUAAACAUGAUGGAUGGUGCCCAACCAAAAUAUACACACGCCUGUGUAGCGAUCGCUUCAUUUCGGGUAGGAAAUAUUCUUCUCAAUCUCAAAUUACCAAGAAGUAUUUAUAAUGGUAAAUUGACUCAUUUGAGAACAAUCCGUAUUUAAAAAAAGAAAAUAAAUUGUCUGUCACAGCAGAAGGUUAACGUGUGGCCGCAAUUGCUUCCUUGUACGUUCCGUGGAGACGACUCUGUCCUCUUUUUUUU